AUGAGCAACCCACACGUCUUCUUCGACCUGACCUUCGGCGCGCAGCCGGCCGCGCGCGCCGGCGCCAACCGCAUCGUGUUCGAGCUGUAUGCCGACCGCGUGCCGCGCACCGCCGAGAACUUCCGUGCGCUGUGCACGGGCGAGAAGGGCGCCAAGCUCACCUACAAGGGCAGCGCCUUCCACCGCAGCAUUCCCAAGUUCAUGAUCCAGGGCGGCGACUUCACACGCGGCGACGGCACGGGCGGCGAGAGCAUCUACGGCGAGAAGUUCGAGGAUGAGGAUCUGACGGGCAAGCACGACACGCCCUUCCUUCUCUCCAUGGCCAAUGCCGGGCCGGGGACAAACGGCAGCCAGUUCUUCAUCACCACCGUGCCCACGCCGCAUCUGGACGGCAAGCACGUCGUGUUCGGCCGCGUCGUCGCCGGCAAGGGUGUGGUGCGGCGCGCCGAGGCGACGCCUACGAGUGGAGGGGACAAGCCGAUUGAGCCCGUCGUCAUCGAGGCAUGUGGCGUGUGCGAGGGAGGCGCUCCGUGGGGCAUCGAGGCAGACGAGACGGACUCGUUCGAGGACUUUCCCGAAGAUGCGUCCGAGAAGCUCGAGGAGGAGCCAAAGGAGGCACUGCGCAUCGCCACUGCGCUGCGAGCGCUGGGCAACGAGCGCUUCGGCAAGGGACAGUGGAGUGGUGCGCUGGAGAAGUGGCAAAAGGCGCUUCGCUACCUGAACGUGCACCCGGUCCUUCCGGCGCCGCACGAUCUCGACGCCUCCUUCGUCGAGGCGUACGAGGCGCUGCGCACCGCGCUGGCCCUCAACAGCGCCCUGUGCGCGCUCAAGCUGCCGAAGCCCGACACGGCGCUGGCCCUCUCGAGCUGCUCGGGCGUCAUUGCGCGCGUGCAGAAGCAGACGGACACGGACUGGGAGAAGGAGGCGGGCGAGCAGAAGAAGAAGGACCUGGCCAAGGCGUACUACCGGAGGGCACUGGCGCACUCGGCGAAGAAGGACGACGACGCGGCUGUGGCAGACCUGGACGAGGCGCUCAAGUACGCCCCAGAAGACGGCGGCGUCAAGAAGGAGAAGGCGGCCAUUGCGCAGCGCAAGGCGGCGCGGCUGGCGGCGCAGAAGAAGGCGUACAGCAAGAUGUUUGCCUAGAGGCGCGCUGCACCAAGAGUGGCGAUGCCGGAGGGGGAGCAUAGAAGAGCAAAGAAGGCUGCGUGCUAGCAUCUAACCUCACGCAUGCAGCGGGAGCGUUGAGAGGGCAUGUUGUACAACAUUGAGCGUGCGUGCGAG